CAGAUGUCGUAGAUAUGUCAACUUCUGCUGAUUGUGAAAAUGCAACGAAUAACAACGAUCUUAAUCAUGAUGAUAAUCAGUUAACGUCUGCAAUGAAUAUCAAUGAUCAGGCAAAUCUGCAAAAUCAAGAAGAACAACAAAAAAGUUCACAUGGAGAGCGACAACAGCAACAGGAACGUAGAACUGUUCAACAUCAUAAAUUUAUCGGUUACAUUCCGACGACUAAUCCUAAAUGUUCACGUUAUCAUAUGGUAGAGAAAGAAAGAAAUGUUGACACUAGCGACUCAUGUAAGCAUUCUUGCAAGAAUUCUAAUGCACUAAAUCGAUUAUCUACCUCGUCUGUAACUGCAACAACAGAAAAGACAACAGGAAAUGUGAACCGGUCAGUGGGAUCGACGAAAUUUUUGAAGCCUAAGAAUUCGGCGGAGCAUAUUUGUUCUUUAAAAAAUAACAUGGAUCAAAGUAGGUUAUCGGAUUGCGUAAGUGAAAAUGGUGAUUCUGUGAAUUGCUUCACUGAUAAUUUAAAACGUGCUUCGAAGAAACACAUCUUAGUACCGUUGAAACAAAUUAAUAAACAAGAUUCAAAUAAAACUUUUGAUACACCUCGUCCACAUUCGGCUGCUCAAUCCCAUCAAAACCAAUCACAAAUUCCAGUCCUGUCCACAUCACAAAGACAAUAUUCAAUGAAAGUGCCAGCGUCCUCCACCUCUUUCUCCGUCAGUAAUCGGUUAUCGAAUACAAAUCAACGUCAAUCGUCAACAUCAACAUCUAGACCACAUAUCUCACACUCAUCAAGUUCUAAAGCUAUUCUCAAUAGACAUUCAUUAAUAAAACAGAGGGCUACUCUACAGACUGCUUAUUUAUACGUUUCCACUAUGGAAAUUUGUUGUUCGGAUACAUCUUCAACAAUCGGUCAUUUCCUUGAAGUUGUCCCUAUAAAUGCGGUCGAACUCGAAAUCAAAACUGUAUCGAAUAGUUUCAGUUCGAUUGUAAAAUAUAAACCAUUCACUUUCAUGCAACAUGUCAAGCUAUACUUGAUGAAUAACUGUCCAUUGAAUUAUUUACCAAUUCAUCAAAUUGUUUCAGAAGAUGAAAUCAAGUCACUAGUCGUACCAUCAUUUCAAAAUGAUGAUCAUUUGUCAAUAACGGCUGUGCAAUCAUUCACCGGAGAAAUCCAAUCAAAUGUUCAUAGUCAAACCGAUCUAGACAAGCGUUGUUUGAAGAAGAAACACUCGAGCGUAGUGUCAAGAACACCAGCUGACUUAUCAGCCAGUGUCACAUGUUCAUCAGUGUCACCAUCGUUGUCAUCUCCCUCGUCCUCCUCCUCCUCAUCAUCAUCAUCAUCAGCAUUAGUCUUGAUGGAUCCCAACCAUCAACAAUUAGCCACCGAAUCAUAUAUUGCAACGCCAACGGAUCAUUCAAUCGACAAUGGUGACAUCAUUUCGACAAUACUGGUUGGUGGAAAUGAUCUGUCAGAAUUGUUGAGUGCCGAAAUCAUACAAAUUCAAUCGGAUUCCAAUCUGACAAUUUCUACACAAAAUGUAUCAGAAAGACGCGUUGUCCCAGUCAGAACAACUAUCAUCAGGGAUUUUGUGAAUUCUUCAAAUUGCAUUCCUGUCACUGAAGCUUCUUACAAAUCACAUAAAAUGAAAAUAAAAAAUGUACAAAACAUAUCCUACCAAAGAACUGAUCACCUAAAUGAUGAAGUAUUAAUCAAUUCACCAUUGAACACAAUGUCUACAACAUUGAACAAAGUUAUUUGUAAAGUCAACCACACCAAGAAACAUGAUGAUGAUGAUGAUGAUAACGGUGCGAAUCAUGUUGAUGGUGCAGGUGAUUAUGACGACAAGGACAAUUGUGAUAACUCAUCACAUCAUAUCACUUAUUCACAGAUGAUUGAAAUUCAGAACGGCUGUAUUGAUUGUAAAUUAUUUGUCGAGAGAUUAUCACGUAAUACUUUAAUAUUUAUAUAUAACAAUGUUAAUGAUAACAAUAGUAAUUAUAGUAGUAGUAAUGAUGAACAUCUUUUGUAUCCUGCUUAUAGCUUGCCUGCAACACCAAUGUUUCCACCUCUUCCUUUGCCUGGUCCCGAUGUUCCUGAUUUUAACAAUCAGAACACAAAUUAUUUGUACAGAACAACAUCAUAUUUAUUUAGAUGUUUAAGUAAUGCAAGUUUCACAAAAUAUUCAUCAUAUUUUCUUUUUUUGUGUACUGUACUAUAUUGGCUACGUGCAUCAAGAUAAAUACAGUUGGUUGGAACCUAAAACCUACAUUGAUUGUUGUAAAUUCACAUCACCUUGUACAUUGAAUCUAUAUAUGUAUCUGCCGUCUAUAUUGAUCUCAUAUGACCUGUAGAAUUAGUUGAUCUACUUCAAUUUUGUGACAGAUCGAAUCGCCAUUAUGAUUAUUAUUAUUAUCAUUAUUAUUAUUAUUAUUAUU